AUGUUCCUGCGCGACCCGAUUCACUCGGCGGCGGCUUCGGAUGUGUCCGCAACUCCGCGAGGGAACCUGAAGUGGCGGUUCGAUACGGACUUGCCGCUUUUCUCGUCGCCAGCGGUGGUGGAUGGGAGAUUGUAUUUAGGGUCAGGGGACAAUCGUGUAAUCGCGCUGGAUGCAAAUACGGGCGAGCUUAUAUGGGAGCAUGAGGUGCUGGGUCCUGUAGACUCGUCGCCGGCGGUUGCGGGUGAGAGUGUGUUCAUCGGGUUGCGGAAUGGGCGGGUGCUGUCGCUGAAUAAGGAUAGCGGGGAACUGCAAUGGGACUUUCAGACGGGCGGGAUAUUUGCGACUGCGCCGGUGGUGCUGGAGGGCAUCGCUUAUAUUGGGAGCGGGGAUGGCUGGCUUUAUACGCUGGACGCGCAGACGGGACAGGUGCGGUGGGCGUAUCAGACAGGCGGGCAUAUCGCGUCGGACCCGGCUAUCAAUGAUGACAUUGUGGCGGUGCAGUCGCAGGACAGCUACCUGCAUAUCGUGGAUAAGCAUACUGGACGGAAGCGGCUGGACUAUCACACGAAGUUCGCGCGCGGGUCGCCUGCGCUGAGCGGGGACUGGGUUUAUACGGCGGACCAGAUUGGGCUUGUCACGGCGAUAGACUGGCACAAGCGGGAGAUGCCGUUCGAGAAGAAAGUGCGCUGGCUGAAGACUCAGCUCUGGGCGUGGGGGGCUUUGAGGAAACUGCCGCCGCUGAAGGGGCUUGCGUGGGCGGCUUAUGUUCCGGGGAGUUUGGUGGCGUCGCCAAUCGUGACGGAGGACAUGCUGUAUGUGGCGUCGUCGGAGGGGCAGGUGUAUGCGCUGGGCAGAGAGACCGGGGAUACGGAGUGGACAUUUGAGGCGGACGGCUUUUUCCUCUCGCCGAUGACACUUGUCGGUGAGGGUCUGUUUAUCGGGGACAGGUUCGGGACGCUGUACGCGGUGAGUGCGGAGACGGGUGAAGAGUUGUGGCGGUUCGAGACAGACGCGCCGAUUGGUUCAACGCCGGUGGCGGCGAACGGGAUGCUCUACUUCACAUCUGAGGAUGGGAGUUUGUAUGCGCUGGAGUAA